GCUCAACAACUGGAAAUUCUUUGUGACGUCAAUUUGGGACGUCACGAUGCAUCUAUGGCGGCCGACAUCGACAUCAAGUUACGAACUUAUUGCGCAACAAACAUUUACAGCCGCCGUCGGACUAAACACUCCUUUGUCGACGGGUACAGUAGAGGUUGAAAUCGAUGACGUCAUAGGGUGGUACACAUCCGGUGCAGAGCUCAUUCCUCCCAGCGUCGCAGCGGGUUCGAGCACCCAGAACCAGGUGCUGGCGGCCCCGGUCGUUGGGACGGAAGUUCCCUGGGCGAUGACGCCGGAUACUGCCAAUACCUACGCCGCCGGAGCGGUUGUGACUGCCAAUGAGGAUCCAGUAAUCGUGGACGAUAGCGUCACAAUCAGCGACACUAAGACGUCACAGCCGAUAUUCACCAUUGACGUCACGGAUGCGGACACAACCGAUCUCGUGGCGGUUACUUCCGGUUUCAGCGUCAUGAAGACUGCCGGAAGUUCCCUUUUCUCGGUGGUUAAGACUGCCACGGGAUGGACGUCUUGAAACGAUUAUUUUCAGCAAGGAAAUAUA